AUGGUGUUUCCUGAUCACACCUACAUUAUCUUGCUGCUGCUGCUGCUUCGCCUUGUUUUACCUUUCUCUGUUGGAGCAACCACUUUCUUCAACCUUACCCUCUCUCAUCACCACCCUAAUCCUGAUUUUGUGGCUCUACAAGUCACAAGGAGUGUGAAUGAAUCCAUAUCGAAACGUCGCCCAAUUCUUGAAACCCCCUUGAGCAAGGCACAGUCACAGUGCCUGACUGGAAACCCCAUAGAUGACUGCUGGCGCUGCGACCCCAACUGGGGAAACAACCGACAACGGCUGGCUGACUGCGCCAUUGGCUUCGGGCAGGGUGCAAUGGGGGGCAAAGGGGGUCGUUUCUAUGUGGUAACGGACUCCUCUGAUCACGACACAGUCAGCCCGACCCCUGGCACCCUUCGCUAUGCUGUCAUCCAAGAAGAACCCCUCUGGAUCAUCUUCAACUCAAACAUGGUCAUCAAGCUAAAGCAUGAGCUCAUCUUCAACAGCCACAAGACCAUAGAUGGCCGUGGUGCCAAUGUGCAGAUCACGGGGAAUGGAUGCCUCACAUUGCAGUAUGUCAGCAACAUCAUCAUCCACAACGUGCGUGUGUACAACUGUAUGCUGUCUGGGAACACUAAUAUUAGGUCAAGCACCACACAUUUUGGCCACAGGGGGGUAUCGGAUGGUGAUGGCAUAACAAUCUUUGGUUCAAGGAACAUAUGGAUUGAUCAUUGCACGUUGUCACAUUGCACUGAUGGAUUGGUAGAUAUCACCGUGGGAUCUACAGCUAUUACUGUGUCGAAUAACUAUUUGUCUGAUCACGACAAGGCCAUGCUGCUCGGGCAUGAUGAUAAGUUCUUGCCCGACUCGGGGAUGCAGGUCACUAUAGCAUUCAACCGGUUUGGAAAGGGGCUCGUCCAGAGGUUGCCGAGGGUGAGGAGGGGCUACAUCCACGUGGUGAACAACGACUAUUAUAAGUGGAAAAUGUACGCGAUUGGAGGAAGUGCUAACCCGACUGUGAAUAGCGAGGGUAAUCGCUUCACUGCAUCAGAUGAUCACAAUGUUAAGGAGGUGACAAAACAUGAGGAUGCCAGUGAGGGGGAGUGGGCCAACUGGAAUUGGAGGUCGAAUGGGGACCUGAUGUUGAACGGUGCAUUCUUCGUGCCAUCCGGUGAUGGGGCUAAGCCGCAGUAUGCCAAGGCCUCAAGCUUCGACCCUAUAUCGGUUAACCAAAUCGACCAACUAACCAUGAAUGCCGGUGUUCUUGGUGGCACAAGGGACACCGGUGUAUCAUAUGGUGGUGGCUCCAUCACGUUUACAGGCGCAGCCCAGAGAGAGUCAUCACUGCCCAGCAAUUUGUUUCUGUCUUCCCUAAUUAUUCUUAUACUGUAUAUCUCCUCCACCAUUGCUGGUGGAUUUCUAUGA